AUGCACCGAGUCGUCGUACUUCGCCUCGUGCUGCUGCUUGCGCUCGUCACGCCCGCUUCGAGUCUCCACGCGUACCGCAACGUCGUCUAUUUUCUCGAGUGGGGCAUCUACCGCGACUUCCACAUCGCCAAUCUCGACUGGUCGCGCACCACGCACGUCAAUUAUGCGUUCGCGAUGCCACAAGUUGACGGCUCGAUCUCCUUUCUGGACGAGUUUGCCGCGACCCAGCGCGUCUACGGACACGACCUGGGCCUCGGUGCUGUCCAGGGCUGCUUUGGCCAAGCCAACAAGUACAAACGCGCGUAUCGAGGCACCAAGUUCGGUCUCUCGUUUGGCGGCUGGAGCGGCAGCGGCCCAUUCCCAACGAUCGCCGCCUCACCAAAACUCCGCGCGGCCUUUGUCGCCAACGCUGUCGCGCUGCUCGAGGACCUCGGCCUCGACUUUAUCGAUCUCGACUGGGAGUACCCGGCGCUGGCGCAGCUGCCGCUGUUCGCGACGCUUCUGGCCGACAUGCGUGCCGCCCUUGACGCCCUCCCGUUCCGGGCCGAGCUCAGCAUCGCCGCGCCGGGGUUUCCAGCCAAUUGGGACAAGCAAUCCAUGACAGCCAUUUGCAGCCACGUCGACUUUCUCAACCUCAUGACGUACGAGUACACUGGCGCGUGGAGUAGCCGAGUUGGGUACCACAGCAACCUCUUCCCGAACCCACACGCGCCAAACGGCCUUCGCAGCUCCGUGAGCAGCGCUGUUCAGUACUACUUGACGCGCGGGUGUCCAUCCGAGAAGCUCGUCAUGGGCGUGCCGCUCUACGGCAAGUCGUUUGAGCGGACGCGCGGCCUCUUUGCUCCGUUUGCGCCGCCGACGUCCGGCUCCCACGCCCCGGACGGGCUCUGGGACUACAAGGACAUUGCUUUGCACGCGUCGCCCAGGUUUGAUGCGACGGCGCAAGCCACGUACGCGUACAACGCGACGACGCGGACUGUCCUUGUGUACGACGACCCCAAGUCCGUUGCGGCCAAGGUGGCGUACAUGCAGGCCCACCGCCUUGGCGGGCUCAUGUUUUGGGAGGCAUCCGGUGACGCGGCAGCGGGUUCGAGCGCGUCACUGCUCACGACGUAUGCGUCGCUGGUCGGCAAGGACAACAUGGAUUUCCGACCCAACAACUUGUGGUACCCCCACUCGCGCUACGACAACAUUCGUCGUCCGCCGCUGCUCGGCGGCUUUACGCCCUAA